UAGGCUAGUAGGGAAGUGGGUUUAGACUAGUCUACCACCCGCUACCAGGUGGAGGCGACACUGCGCUCUUCUCCUCUCUACCAAAGCGCGAGCUGCCUCUACAGUCCCGUCUCUCGGUGAGAUCAUUAUCAACCGAACCUGACACACACGGAGCUAGAGCGAGCGAACAGAACACCCCCCCCCCCAUUCCGACCCACCGGGAAGGGAAAACACCAGUCUUCUGAUAACCAACACCUUCUCCCACUUUUACGCAUCCAACCACGAUCUCUCCAGUGACGUUACCGUUGAAUGUGGGGUUGGAGGCUAUUCGGAUACAAUCUGUGUUCUGCUGGUUUGUUUUCAAUGCAGUAAAACGGUUUGCUCCGAUCCUCACCCGGAGUCAAGGAUUGAGAGGGAAGCAGCGCUUAACUCGCGGACUGACCAGCCACGGACAUGGCGAUGGGAUCUCUGCAGUGGCCCUGUAAAUCUUGUGCUUAGUAAACCCGUAAGCAAGGUUUUUUACGCGCUAUAUUUCACAGGAAAAGGACGUUGAUUCAAUCACAACCUUGGAUUUUUGUGAACAUUGAUUUGAUUAUCAGAUCGGCUAUAAUUAUUUGUACCUUUUUUUCAGCGCACUGUUGACGCCAUUUUCCUCAGGUUUUCUGUAUAAAAAAACUUGCUCCAUUUGACAGCUACCAAGGACGCUGUCAGUGCAGACGCCGGUUCUGUAAAUGUGACCAAAUGGAUUUUAAAUGAUCUUGAUGACAUAUUUACACAAUAGUCUCAAGUGUUCGACAACAUUGGACAUGGUUUGGCUCUGUUGGAUUACCUGUGUUCCUGUGGGACAACCAAUCCAGACGCAGUAGCUACCGUUCCCAAGGCAACCCAGUCUGACGGACAGCCGCUCUCUGCAAACCUAUUGGCUGGCUGCUGCGGCUCUCUGGAUCCUGACUGGUUCUGGCGGGAGCGUGGAUGGAGCCGAGGGAUCUGGUUGGCUCAGCCCGACCCAAAGAGGCAGAGUUAGGAGGCGGAAGGGCUGAGCCUGAAGAGGAAGAACAGGAAAGAGCGGGGCUGGGGCCAGCGUCGCGGGGUGAUGAGGUCAUUGGUGAUGUGAUGGGCGAGCGCUGGGGGUCCCAGGGGGAAGGGGAGGGGCUAGAGGAACAGGAGUUCUCCAUUAAAGAAGCCAGCUUCCAGGAGGGGAGUCUGAAGCUGAAGAUCCAGACCACCAAACGCAUCAAGAAGCCCCCCAAGAGUCUGGAGAACUACAUCUGUCCCCCGGAGAUCCGGAUGACCAUCAGACCCCCCUCAGGGGAGGGCCGAGGGGGCCGACUGGGGGGCCGCGCAGCACAGGACAAGGGACCCCCUAGGAAGAGGACCUAUGAGAGACCCUUCAAAGCAGCAGAACCUAGAGAGGGGGGGCUACUGCAACUACUGGGGGAUGUCACCCCCCCAAAACACCAGCCCAAGCCCUCUAUCCUACACACCACACCACUGCCCCCCCACACACUCACAUACCAACCCCAACAGCAACACACACAGCCAUCAAAGUUCACACACCAACAUACACACAGUCCAUCCUGGGCCACGCCUCCCUCCGCACCUCCAGCCAAUCCAGUGCAUGCGGAGCCUAGCAAAGAACCAGCGGGAGCCAAUAGGAGCCCUCUCUCUGACCUGGCCCCUUCCUUCCUCAAACCUCCAAUGAAGAGAGUACCAGGAAGCCCCUCCCCUCGCUCUUACAGCCCAUCCCCCCAUCGACACCUGAGCCCUGAUCCUGUGUUGCCCGUAGUAACGGACGCUAGCAUUCUAAACCUGACCUCUCUCUCCAGAGGGCGGGGCUUACAGGAGGUCAGUGAGCAGCUGUUUGGAAACAUCAAGAGGAAGUACGGCAGGAAGGACCCCCAGAGGACUCAGGGUAAUACCCACAAUGCAGAGCUGCCAUGGGGAAGGAGGGCAGAGAAAGAUGCAGAGAGUCCAAUAGUUCCAGAUGAAAGGCAGAAGUUCAGGAGGGAGGAGACCCCUGAGCUGGAGAGAGAAGAGAAGGAGAGGGAGAGCAUAGGAAGGACAGGAGAGGAGGAGGAGAGGGAGAUGCCAACGCUUGGUGCUCCUGUGCUGAUGGAGGACGGAAAAGGGAGGAAGAGGAGGAGGAGGCGGUCUCUCCAGGAGUCACUCACCCAGGAGAACCAAUCGGAGCAUCUGCAGGGCACUGACAUCACAGAGAGGAAGGAAUCAGGGCCUCCGGAGCCCAAAGUGUCCCACAAAAUGAAAGGCCACAAGAUGGAAUCAUACAAGAGUGAGUCUAGGUCAGGUCGGGGUGAGGAGGGUAGCCAGCCAGAGGCAGACGGAGACAGAGGAGAGAAUGGGGAGAGAGCAGACAGAGCAGAGAAAGGAGAGAGAGGAGAGAAGGGAGAGAAAGGAGCGAGAGGAGACAAAGGAGAGAAGGCGGAGAGAGGAGAGAGGGCAAUGAGUGGGGCCGACAUGGAAUCAGCCAUGAUCCAGAGCUGGGUGAGGAAAAACCCAGUUGGCCGUCCUAGAUCAUCCACAGACCCCCACAAACACCCUGACCCUAACCCUAGCCCCAGAUUGCCAAGCCCUAACCUUAACCAUAUCCAUAGUCCAAGAUCCAGUCUCAACCCUAACCCUACACUGCCCAACCUAAGCCCCGGCCUUAACCCUAACCCCAACACCAGCCCAAAACUCAGCCCUUACCCCAGACCCCCCCAAGACCAAGGACCGGUGGUCCUACCUCAAGUCCCGAAGCCCCCCUGGCCUGAUCCAGAGGGAGAGUGGCCGCAGCCCCCUGUCAGCCAUGCUGAGCCCCCCUCUGCCUUCCCCAUCACCCCCUCCAGCCCCCUGUACACCAACACAGAUAGUCUGACUGUCCACACCCCCGCCAAGCGCAAACGAGGUCGUCCCAAAAAACAACCCCUGCUCACUGUGGAAACCAUCCAUGAAGGCACUUCCACCUCCCCCCUGAGCCCUCUGGCCCGGGAGAACCCCGCGGGGCUCAGCCGCAGGAGGAAGACUCACACGCUAACCACACUAGCCCAAAUCACAUCGGGUUCCAUUAGCCCCAAUGCUAAUGGGUUGAAACUGCAGCGCAGUGAGGGUGGCCAUGUCAGGUCGGUGAAGAAGCUGAAGCUGGGGAAGGUGCAGAGUAUCCUGAAUGAGAUCCUAUCAGGCUCCGGCCAACAUGGCAGCCUGGCACUGAAGUCAGCCUCAGCUCCUGUCUCUUCCACCAUGACGGCCAUGGUCUCUACCAUUGAGGCGCAUCUGGGGAAGCAAAUCAACGUCAGUAAGAGAGGAACCAUCUACAUCGGGAAAAAGAGAGGGAGGAAGCCACGCUCCGACACCCAAAACCUUCCCCACAGAGGCGGGGCCAAGCCUCCUUUGCCUGUCCCCAUGUCCAGCCUGUACAACAGCCUCCUAGUGCCUUCCACCCUCCCUCCCAGCUCCACUACCCUCCUCCUCAGACCCAGUCACACCCUGUCCUCUCUGUGCCUCCCUGGCCCUCGUGGCCCCUACUCUGACUCCACCAUGCCCAGCCUGCAGCCCAUCAGUGCCCUGCCCUCUAAACCCCUAGGCAGGGGGCUACUGGGAGCUGGCUGGAAGCUGUCUCCCCCGCUCCUCCUGGCCAACUCCCCGUCCCACCUAUCUGAGGGGGCAGCAUCGGUCAAGGAGGUGACGCUGUCACCCAUCAGCGAAUCACACAGCGAGGAGACCAUUCCCAGCGACAGCGGCAUAGGGACAGACAACAACAGCACCUCUGACCAAACAGAGAAGGGAACCAACGCACGACGCAGAUACUCAUUUGACCUGUCUGGGUUUGAGGCUGCGGAGGCUGCAGCUCUGGAGGCCUCCAGUCGCGGCAGUAGGGGUCGCUGCGUGCGGCAGGCGGCAGUGGUGGACAACUUCCUGUCCCAACAAGAGAAGAAGCAGAAACACCGCAGGAAGAGGAAGUGCCUGCAGAGCCGCGACCACCUGCACUUCCUGUCUGAGCUAGAAGAGGUUGUGGUGAAGCUGCAGCAGCUACAUGUGUCUCACCGACGCUACGCCUCCUGCUACCCCCAGCACCCCUACCCCUCCAUCUUCCGCCUCAACUUCCACCACCACUACUACCCCCUGACCUAUGACCCCUACCCCUGUGACCCCGCCCCUUACUUGCGCAGGACCGCCGAGCUCAAGGCCAAGAGGAGGCGCGGCCGGCCCGCCAAAGCCAGUGAGCCAAUCACGUCCAAGCUGCCUUUUGUCCAGGGGUUUGGAUAUCCGCUGGCAGGGGGGAACUACUAUGCACCGUAUGCCAUGCCUUACGCCCCGCCUCUGAGCCUGGGCUACUACCCCCCAGCACCCCCCCUCUACCUGCCCCACCAUUCCCAUAGCCCUUCACCACCCUCCCACUUCAUGAGGCCUGCUGUCCCCCCUCCUAAGUUCCACUCUGGAGGCCACUCCAAGCUCCAGGCCGGGGCCAAGCUACGGACGUCUAGCGGGCCACUGCAGGCUUCCUCUGGUCGGGGAGAAGGACUGGGAUCCCUGGGUGGUGAUGGUGGAGGAGUGAGGCUCCACAAGAGGAAACACAAGCACAAACACAAGCACAAGGAAGAGACCCCUCUCCUCUCACCUCAUGACAGACAGGAACUGGGCGGGCUCUUCAGCGGUGCCAAGACCAAUGGGCUGCUCAACCUGUUGACUGACAGGCGGGAGAUGAACAAUCCGAAGCAUCAGGAGCAGCAAAGGGGGGGUGGGCGAGGCUCUAGAGGGGGGUCCCGAGGAGCGAUGUUUGAGUCGGACCCUCUCUCUUCUCUCUCCAUGGACCAUGUCCAGUUCCGCCCACGCAUGCCCGGACAGCCAAUGAGCAGCUUCCUGAGCAGCUACAGAAGCCAAUCACAGUGGCCAGAGCUGACCUCUGACCUUUUUAGAUUGCGGGAGGAGGGCAGUGGGCGUGGCAGAAGAAGGGGCUUAGCAGUGUUCGGAGAGGAAGGGGUGAUGUCAUUCCACAAUGCCAGGAAAGAGAAGAGCCAAGAAACAGAAGAGCCGUUCCACAAUGCCAGCCCCACUCUGACAGGUAAGAGGAGGUAUAAGCGUCAUGAGGUGGAACAGAUCCACGGUGAGGUCAGGAGGAUGUGUUCUCUCAACAAUGUGCUCAACAGUCAGAGGAGUUUUGAGCACGUGCAGAAGAUCCUGCGUGUGAAGCGUCUCCAGCGCCAGGCCAAGACUGGCAACAACGUCGUCAAGAGGCGACCUGGUCGUCCCCGGAAACACCCUAUUGAGGAAUCUGAACCCACCAGUUAUGGGAGGGACGAAGGGAGGGGCUUCGGGAUGCCGGUGUUGGAGAGGUGUGUGGACAUACCGGGUAGGCGGAGCUUAAGACCAAGUCCCAUCCCCCAGCCUCUGGAGUUUUCCAAUCACGACUCUAUCUCAGUGGCCAUUGAGACGGUGGUGCACCGAGCACGCUCUCUGGUGCCCCCACCGGCCAGAGGAAGGAAACGUAGGGGGAGGUGCAGGAGAGAGGAGGGAGGGGAUAUGGCCUUCCACUAGCCAAUCAGACAGCAUCACAGUUGCAGAUAGAUAGAUUAGCUCUGGCCUAUCAGAGAGCUGGUGAGAGGAGCCAACACUGGCCAAAUGCUGCAUUCAAAACCAAGUGGGAAGGUAGUAUUUACCACAUACGACUGGAAAGAUCCACGGGAACGCCUCUCCAACUGGUAAUUACUAGUGGGAAACGCAACUAUCGUUGCACCUAAUAAGGAAAUUACCUCGAUAACACCAUUUUCAGCAAAUAAAUGCAACAACAAAACAUUCUUUUUAAAAAGCUAUGGUUUUUUAACACCAGAAUUUGUUUACAAGCAUGAUAGCGGUACUUUUAGUUUAUGGUUAACGAAGCUUGUUGGCCAUUAGCCAAUCAGCGUAUCUCAACGAGUUCAAAGCAUGUGAAUGCAUCCAACUGGUAAUUACCCCUUUACAACUGGGUAAUUACCACCUACCCACUUGGUGAUGAACACAGCAAUAGCAGCCAAACAGACAGCAAUGCUGGGACCACCUCUGUGCACUUUGACCUAAUGGCUUGUCUGUUUUUCUUCUGUGACUGGAUACAAGGAGAGUGACUGCAGUCGGUCUCGAUGAAGGAACAUUAGGAGAGGAGUAGUGUUUAACUCUGAACGAGUUAAGAGGGGAGGAGUGUUGCACUCUGAAUGAGAGUGCCACUGAGGACGAACAGUGACUCUUAUCAUACAUGUAUGUGAUACAAUGAUGCGUACCGUCCUAUAAUAUGAUACUGUAUGGUACUUUAUGCUACAAUAUCUGAUAGUAUACGGCACUCUUUGAUAAGAUGCUGUAUGAUACUAUGGUACUAUACAGUAUGAGAUACUAUGGUACUUUAUAAUACUCUUUAUCUGAAUGUGGCAUUAGCCACGUCUCUACCAGCAGACUGUGGGUGGUGAUUGAAUAAUAUGAUACUGUGCAGCUCUGAUCAUUUUUUUGCCUUCUCUAAUGAAGCUAGUUAAUGACCACCUACCUACCUUACCCCACUCACCCUUCUAUCCCUCACCUCUCAUACCCACAGGAUCUAAAGACCAGUAACUCACCCUACCCUCUAGCCCUUCUACACCCUCUCUACUCCCCCUGCCCUGUCCUGGGCAUGGAUACCUUAAAGGCAAUAUGUUGGACUGAGCUUCCCUGGCUGUAGGCCUCUACAGCUGUGGUCUAACUGUGCAUAGGAGCAUACUCCACUUUCACCCGCUUUUUACCACGGGGAAAACAGCCUAUCUACAUGUACUGGCUUAUAUCAAAUAGAAGUGUUGUACAAUAGACCAUACACGUCGGGAUUGUUGUUUUAUUACCAAAAAUAGACCUGGAUGGGACUCAAGACCUGUUUGUUUUCAGACUGACGGAACCACAUGUAUUCAUCCAUUUAUUUUGUUUAUGAGAAGGCCAUCACACACAUGAGAAUAUCAGGCGUGUUUGACGAAACCUUGGUUUUAAUGCACUAUAUAAACAUACGCUUACAUUUAAUCAAAAGUCAGCACUUACAUGCUUGUUCUAGCCUUACGUUUUGGCCUUGACUUCAAUGGUGAAUAUCCAUUCAGAAACAUGUGCAUUAAUUUAAUCAAUUUGAAUAUGCAGGACGCUCAGCCAACGGUGUCAAACCUAAGCCCAAGUCUGAGAUUUGAUUGGACAGUGAAGCUGGAGGAGGGUUAAUGAUCAGUGUUUUGUAGUGAGUGUGUGGUACUCUAAAGAUUCUGUCUGAGUAGUGGUUGAAAAAUAACAUAACACAAAAUGUAAAGAUUGGAAUAGGAAAACCAAAGUCUCAGAGAUAUGUGUGUUUCACAGACUUGUCAGGUGUGGGGUUGUCAGCAUUCUCAAUCUGCAGUUAAACACACCAGCUAGCUAUCAUGUCUUCAAUAUUUCAGAAAAUACCAGUGGGUCAGUAUUUCAUUGGGGACCUGUAAAUGUAAUGUAAACUUGGGAAGCCUCUCCUCUCUCUGUGAGGGUCUCUCUGUGAGGGUCUCUCUGUGAGGGUCUUGUCGGCUCCAGCAGUUCUGCACGUGCCUUAUGUUUGUUUCUUAAACCAUCACAACUCAUUUUGGGGGAAUUCAAAAUGGCGGAGAAGUUACUGCGAUUGAAACCACGUACUUAUGAUUGUGCAUUUACGACACGUGUGUCUUAGCAACCACAACGCAGGCACUACCUGUGUCCCUUUGCAGCCAUACGUACAACAGGCCUGAUUCCAUUUCAGUUGCAAGCCCCUUGUGCUCACCCUGGCUCUUUGGAGUGAACAGAUGUGAAAAGGCUCGGUUAAGCACGAUGGGAACGAAAAAUGGAUCCAUCACGUACACUAUUACACACAUCCAGUCCUUUCAUAUCUGAGCGCUUUGAGCAACGGUGGUGGUAAGAGCCAGGGAAAGGGGCCCUGAACUGAAAUGGAACCAGGCCCCAGGCGGUGGAGAGGCUGUGCCAGGGGAGUUGUAUUGGGAACCAUGCUGUCUUACGUAGUUGUUUGCUAUGCAUCAGGUCUGGCCUGAGCUGUCUGAGGAGUCCACCCUUCCACAAAGACAAAUAAGUGUCUUAUUUACCCAAUAAAACAUGAAGUCAUUUAACCAGAAGUGUGAAUAAUAACAGUAAUAAUUUGUAAAGCGUUGUGCAGAAAGUGACUAUCAUUUCAUGUCAACUUUAGUGACUGCAGCUCCCUGCAGUGCUGCCUUAAUCAGAAGUCAAGCUCCAGUAGUGAAGUGUUUAUCUGUUGUAAACAGUGUCUGUUCUGUUGUGUUCUGCCUGCAUGGAUACAAACUGGGCUCAGUUACGUACGCUGGUAUAGCCUAAACCUAAACCUAUCGUAGACCACAGACCUAUCUUAGACCACAGACCUAUCGUAGACCACAGACCUAUCUUAGACCACAUUUGACAUUAGAGCCAGCAAGACCCCAUAAGUCAGUCCCUAUCCAUCCAUCAAUUAGAAUGUUCGUCAAACAAUCAUCGCAAGGUUGAGAUCCCAGGGCCUGUGCCAGCCUAUGAUAGUGUCUCUCAUUGCACUUCAGCUAAGACCAAGAACCCGUAUUGGCUAGCAGCUAUACUCCCCUGAGCCAAUGGGUGCCGAGUGCAGCAGUGUGUGCGUGUGUGUGGGACUUGCUCAGAGGGCAUUACCAAAAAUACACCUGUCCUUGUCAGUGUGUGUGUCAGCUCACACACUGCGCAGAGCCUGAACUGGAUCUCAUAACCAAAUUACACCUUUCACAGGAGGCCUGGAUCUCUCUAAACCUUUCUAGGGUCUAAGUGUGGUCUAGAUGUAGUCUAGGAUUGGUCUAAGGAAUCUAGAUGUAGUCUAGGUUUGGUCUAAGGAAUCUAGAUGUAGUCUAGGAUUGGUCUAAGGAAUCUAGAUGUAGUCUAGGAUUGGUCUAAGGAAUCUAGAUGUAGUCUAGGAUUGGUCUAAGGAAUCUAGAUGUAGUCUAGGAUUGGUCUAAGGAAUCUAGAUGUAGUCUAGGAUUAGUCUAAGGAAUCUAGAUGUAGUCUAGGUUUGGUCUAAGGAAUCUAGAUGUAGUCUAGGAUUGGUCUAAGGAAUCUAGAUGUAGUCUAGGAUUAGUCUAAGGAAUCUAGAUGUAGUCUAGGUUUGGUCUACGGAAUCUAGAUGUAGUCUGGGAUUGGUCUAAGGAAUCUAGAUGUAGUCUAGGAUUGGUCUAAGGAAUCUAGAUGUAGUCUAGGUUUGGUCUAUGGAAUCUAGAUGCAGUCUAGGAUUGGUCUAAUGAAUCUAGAUGUAGUCUAGGAUUGGUCUAAUGAAUCUAGAUGUAGUCUAGGAUUGGUCUAAUGAAUCUAGAUGUGGUUUAAGGGGUUUAUAGGCUUGGCAGCUCAAUAUUCCAUGGUCGGUCUCUGAUGUUUGAGUUAAAGCCACUAGGAUCUGUCUGUUUCUCUCUCUCUACCAGCCGAUGUUCCGGUGCCUUCUACAGCUGACUAGUAUUGUCCCGAUCCUCUGCUUUAACACUACACAAGACCCAUCGCGUGGUCCAGUACAGUCCCGUACGGUCAAGUUGGGUUUUGCGGUCUUUUGUUAUGUACUGGGUUCUGUAUUCACUCUGGUCCAACUGUAUGACUGGUAUGACUCCAGGUAGAAGUUUACCUAACCCUAAAUCCUAAUCUUCAUCAUCAGGGGGACGAAGGAACAUCUGGUCCUGGAUCAGUGGUUAGGGAAGACCUCUGCCUCUACACUGAGACCAGUCUGUCCAGUCCAGGACAGCCACUGGAGCUGAAUCAUACUGCAUGCGCCUCAAAUCACAGCCUACACAGUGUACUACUACAGAACCUGUUCAAACACAGUGCGCUGGUAUGGAGUCAUUUGAGAAGCAGCCACAGUCUCUACUAAUAUGUGUAGUCAUUAACAUAUAUGUUGUGUUUCCAAGCUUUAAUGUUGUUCAACGCAGAUGAAGCGUCGAUGAGGAAACCAAUAAAUGUACUUUGCAAGAGCACAAAGCUCUUAACUGUGUUGGCAUAUUUGAGUUUGAAUACAUGGUGUAUUUGAACCUUUUUACGAGAGUGGGUUUUCCUUUAUCUGCAUGCUCCACUUGAUUGUAUGCAUUACGGUUUUAGACGAGUGGAGAAGUUGACUUUCAGUUGCAUUUGGAGCGAGACUUGUACAUUGUUUCAUAUGUUUGUUUUUGUAAUGGAUUUUUAAUUCAUAAAGCAUUUUUGUACAUUGUAUGAAUAUUAAAAAUGGCAAAUAUUUGACAUGUAGACAUAAGUAAAUACUUAGAUGCUCAUGCAUAUGCAUAUAUCCUUCUUAGUAUGUAUGUGUAAAUGUACACAUAUUUUGUAUUUGCCUUCACUCAUAUACAGAUAUAUGUCAUAUGCACAUAUACAUGCAAUAUACUGUAUAUGUAUAGCCAUGUCUGCUGGCAUGCUUCUGGUCAUGUUUACUUAACAUGAUCUUGUCGUCUUUAUUUUCAUUUUUUUUCUCUUUUCUCUGAGGAAAAGCUCGUUCUUUUGCUACUGUUUUCCUGGCUGGCCGCAUUGGGCACUUAUUAAGAUGAAAUUGAACUUGUUCAUGUUAUUCAUUGUGUGAAAUAAUAAAUGAGUUUAUUGAAAGCU